AUGACGCUGCCAUCCGGUCGCGCAGGGACGCCGCAGUCGCUCCCGUGCUCCGCCGCGCUCGGCAGCCUGCGAGCCACGGUCCUGGCUGGCAUGGCGGCUUCAGCAGCUGCGGGAUUGCAGGGGCCCGGCGAGGCUGCGGUGCUGAGCGCCAAGGAGCGCCUAGCAGCGGAGCUGCCCCCGCCGCCCUCGCCCACGCUCGAUUCAGAAGCGAUCAUCUGUCUGGAGGCACAGAGGCACCUGCUGCAGCAGCAGCUGACCCUCCUGCAGCAGCAGCUGAUGGCAGCGCCCAGCCAGCCCCCAGAAGCGCGGAGCGGGCCGGCGGUGGAGGCCGCGCCGCGCCACGUGCAGGCGCAGCAUGAGCUGCACAUCGCAGCAGGGCGAUCCAAGGAGCCACCGACAGAGCCGAUUGCCGACUGCACUGCGGCAUUGCUGGCAGCCCUUGCCCGCAGAACGCAGCGGGAGGAGCAUUGGCGCCAAGAGCACCUGCAGCCGGCAGGCAUUCGGGGCUGUCAGCUGGCCUCCCAGCCACGGCAGGCGUGGGUUGCUCAGGCUCAGUACCCGGUGCAGCAGCCGGCAUCAAAGGCACAUAGGCUGGCACCUCAGCAGGCGCAGCGCCAGGCUGCGGAGGCACUCCCAGGCUGGCAGCAGCACAGGAUGGAGUGUCAGAACUUGCUGCGGCAGCUCAAGGAGGAGGAGGAGGAAGCGGCGGCGGCGGCUGAGGAGGCUGAGGCUGAGGAGGAGGUUGAGGAGGAGGAGGAGGAAGAGGAGGAGGAGGAGCUUAAGAGCAGCGCCUCCUCCUCUGCCCGCGGACGCCGCCUCACCGCCCAGCGAACCUGCAGCACGGAGCGGAGGCUGGCUGUGGUGGCAAAGCUGACCCUGUGCCCGCUGUCUCGGCGAGUGAUGCAAGACCCCGUGGUGGCAGCAGACGGGCACACAUACGAGAGGCGCAACAUACUGGCUGCCUUCCAGCGCUCAACCCUCUCGCCCAUCACCGGACAGCCCAUGUCCUCGUGCCACUUGAAGCCCAACCACAGCAUCAGGAUGCUGUGCCGCUUGGUCCACUCCGGCCCCUAA